AUGAUGUCCGGCAAUUACACCAGCAUUGAUAACCAAAGCGUCUCUGGAUCCGUUCCUGCGGUUCCAGAUCCAGGUCACCACACCGUCAAAUUCGAAGAUUCACACCUUCAGACAUUUCCUCCAUCCGAGGCGCAAGGGAAGAUCUCUAGUGGUGCUCGCCCUCCUCGUGAUGCAGAUGACACAUUUUCAAAACCUGUAUCUGGUUCCGAUGAACCCCAGCAGAGUGGUUGGCUACGUACUUUCAGUGUAUCCUCUUACAAAGCAUAUUUUGACGUUGACACUUCAGAUGUUCUAGAGAGGAUUAAAGACUCACUCCUUCCAUAUAGUGGAGCUUUCAAUGAAAAAACAACCAACAAUCCAGAUUUGUAUGGACCUUUCUGGAUAUGCACAACCCUAAUAUUUGUCGCCGCUGCCAUUGGCACCUUCGUGACAUAUGUAGCACACAAGGUCAAGAGUCAAGAGUGGACAUAUGACAUUAAUGUGGUGCAAUGGUCUGCUGGAUUGUUCUAUGGUUAUGUGACUGUUGUUCCUCUUCUGCUGUAUGUAAUCCUUAAAUACUUCUCGGCACCAGCAGGUCUCGUCCAGCUGUUUUGUCUGUAUGGCUACUCCCUGUUUGUCUUUAUACCAGCUUUGUGUCUCUCUGUUGUGCCCUUGGAAAUUUUCCGAUGGGUAAUUGCAGGCGUGGCUGGGAUCAUGUCUGCUACUUUUGUGGCCAUAAACCUUCGCGCCCAUAUUGUUUCAGCAGGUGAAAGCUGGUUCUUGAUUGUGGCUGGGAUAUUUCUAUUGCAGUUGGCUCUAUCUGUCGUGCUAAAACUCUAUUUGUUCACCGUCACAGUCUAGAGUACUAUACAGUAAACUGGGCCUUCAGAAAAGGCGUGAAAGAAUAUGUAGAUUACAAAGUUGAGAUAAUUUUUGGAACAUUGGCUUGUUGUUACUGUUAGCCGAAAUAUUAUUCAUCAAUUAAGCACAUCUUGUAUUCAUUCUUUUCGGAAAUACAAAAUCUCAUAUUUUAGAGUA